UCAUCCACAACAAAGACCUUCUAGCCACCAUUCAUCUGCUGGUUGCCAUGGCCAAAGCUUUCCAGCCUGAACUAAACCUGCCGCCGAAUGUGACGGUGGAAGUCGUGGUCGUGGAAGUCAGCAAAAAUGGAAUAAAAUCAGAAGUGCAGACUGAAGCCCUGACAGAGGACAGCUGUGCAGCCUCCGGCUCCUCCAGCGGUGCUGAAAGGGAGGAUCCCAUCGAGCAGCUUCUGAAGCUCGAGGCUAACAAGGUCAACACGGUGAAGAAGGCCAUCUUACACUUUGUGAACCAGAACUUGGUGACCCUGGGUGUGCAGGUGACUGACAUGGACAAACAGUUUUCUGAUGGAGUGAUUCUGCUGCUGCUGAUUGGUCAGUUGGAGAGUUUCUUCAUCCCCCUCUGUGAAUUCAACCUGACCCCCGUCAAUGACACAGAAAUGCUUCAUAAUGUGACCUUAGCCUUGGACCUCCUGAAUAAUUCUGGCCUGCAGCUGCCAAAUAUUGACCCACAAGAUAUCGUCUCUCAGGACGUCACUGUUACCUUGAAGGUCCUUUACGCCCUGUUCAAGAAGCACAAAGGGAAAUAAGUGAGGAUGCUGUCUGAGGAUGAGCUGAGGAGCUGGAAAAGCAAACAUGGAGUGUUUGGAAAUAUGCUGUUUUUAUGAGAAACUUGGCUGAUCUAAUCUUUUUUAUUUUUUUAUUAGUAUAUCUAGUUUCAUGCAGUUCAUUUUAAUCAUUUUUGUUACUGUUUACCAUAACUAUAUAAAAUUAAAGGCCUUGCUUUCCUUUAUUGAA